UUUCCAGCUGUGUUGUUGUCAGCGGAAGCGGCAGAGAAGCUAACACAGGGAAGCUGCAGUUUAUCGGCCAAAGAUCAGCGUGUUGAUGCAGACCCGUUGUUCUAACCACACAUGUGAUGAUAAAGCGAUUGUAUGGUGCAGGUCUGAGGCGAUUAUAAAUGCGAUUUAAAAGACAGAAUCUGACUGUAUCACAAUUUCCAGUGGGGAACUCUGGGAAGAAGAAGGUGUCAGUGUCGCGAGAGAGUAAUGUCGGCCAAAAUAAACGCAAGUAAGAGCAAGGACUGCGGCGAAGUUAUUAAAAACUACCACAAGCAGGCGUUUGAAAACAUAUCGAAGGCUCUACGGAUCGACGAGGAUGAUACAGGUGAAAAGGAGGAGGCAGUGCAGUGGUACAAGAAAGGCAUUGCCGAGCUAGAAAAGGGGAUCGCUGUGGAGAUCACGCUACAAGCAGGAGAUCAGUAUGACCGAGCAAAGAGACUACAAGAUAAAAUGGUCAACAAUCUGACCAUGGCAAACGACAGGCUCGCUCUGUUAGAGGCAACACUGGCGUCUAAGAGGAGAUAUGAACCCAAGAAGCCCUCUAAUCAUGUGCUUCAACAGCCAAAGCCUGUUCCUAAAAGCCAGCCUGGGGUGUCCACUAACACCAGGCCCUCCACUGCUGUCAGACCCCCGGCUAGAUCCACUGACACAAAGGUUCCCAAAACACUAUCGUGCAGGUGCACCAUUGGCCCGGCACCGCCCAAGGUGACCCCACGGCCGGGAAGAGCUCAAAAUGGAAAACCCACAGCCGGGAAACAGCCACCAAAGGGGGAUUUGAAAAACUUUAAGAACGUGGACAGCAAACUGGCCAACUUGAUUCUCAAUGAAAUUGUUGAUCGCGGAGCGUCUGUGUCCUUUGAAGACAUCGCGGGACAGGAUCUGGCCAAGCAAGCACUCCAAGAGAUCGUCAUCCUACCUGCCUUAAGACCAGAGCUCUUUACUGGCCUGAGAUCUCCGGCACGUGGUUUGCUUGUAUUUGGCCCACCUGGAAAUGGAAAAACCAUGUUGGCCAAAGCAGUCGCGGCUGAGUCAAAUGCAACAUUCUUCAACAUCAGCGCUGCCACUUUGACCUCCAAAUAUGUGGGAGAAGGCGAGAAGCUUGUUCGAGCACUUUUUGCAGUUGCCAGAGAAUUACAGCCCUCCGUCAUCUUUAUUGAUGAAGUGGACAGCUUGCUUUGUGAACGGCGGGAGGGAGAACACGAUGCCUCUCGUCGAUUAAAAACCGAGUUCCUCAUUGAGUUUGAUGGGGUGCAGUCAGGAGGGGAUGAUAGGGUUCUUGUAAUGGGAGCAACCAACAGGCCUCAGGAGCUCGAUGAAGCAGUGCUACGGCGAUUUGCAAAGAGGAUCUAUGUGGCAUUGCCAGAUGAACAGACAAGAUUGACGCUGCUGAAAAAUCUUUUGGGAAAGCACGGGAAUCCUCUGAGCAAAAAUGAGCUGUCCUUUCUUUCGAAACAAACUGCAGGAUAUUCAGGCAGUGAUCUGACGUCAUUAGCCAAAGAUGCUGCUCUCGGGCCGAUUAGAGAGUUGGGACCAGACCAAGUCCGAUGUAUGGCUGCGAACGAGAUGCGAAACAUCAAGAUAAAAGACUUUGAGGAUUCCCUGAAGCGCAUCAAACCCAGUGUUAGCCCAACCAGUCUUAACAUGUACAUUGAAUGGAACAAAGAUUUUGGCGAUACAACAGCUUUUUGAACUUAAUAGUUCAUUGUCCCCUGUAAAAAAACAUAGAUAAAAUUACAAAUUGUAUUGAAAAAAUCUUUCUAUUACAAUGUAUAAAUAGUGACAUUUAUGACAUUUGGAAUCAGUGUGGGUAAACUUCCUGUUUUAUGGAAAAGCUUUGCUAAUAAGAUUCUUUUGACUCUUAUCACUGAACUCCAACCUUGAAAGUGAAUUUAUUUAUUCUUAAGAAUGUCCUGCAAAAUUACAAAUUACCUUUUCUCUCGCCUCAAGGGGGCAGCAACCUUCUGUAAAUCAUAAUAUAACCACACCAAUUAAAGAUCAUUUUCCAUUAGUUACCUGGUGUAAUGACAUGUUGAUAGUAUUAAUCACCAAGUGCUAUGUGUACUUAUUAUACACAUGGAAGAGUGACUAUGAUUGAUGCUUUUGUAUUAUAAGAGUUAUUGUUUUUUCAUUUGCACUUAUUGUUUGACGUUAUGAAGUCUAAACUUGUUAUUGAAAGUAGGAAUCAAUUACUGUGUUUCACAACACAAUAAUUAAAUUCAUAGAGAGUUUUAGAUUAAAUGUAAAUGACCUCCCACUUUCCUAACACUUCAAUAAACACAUCCAUCAAAGUGUCUACCUUUCUUCUUCGAUGACGCGUCGAUUCUUUUAAAUCCUAUACCGACUGUAGAGUUAUACACAAAAAGCAAACAUGUCAUACACCUCCCUCAUUGGUGAGCCAUGUAAUGCACGGCACACAAAAAAAAGUCUUCUUGUGCUGAUCCCUCAAUGACUACAUGUCUUUUUAUUCCAUGAAAUAUUGGAAGGGAUUGUUAGUUUUGAGUCGUGCCAUAGAAAAGCUCUGUGAGAAGCUCCUCAACGUGUGUUGAUAGAGAGAAAGUAAAAAAAAAAAAAGUUAAACCUCAGUCAGGACUCUUUCAGGUGCAAUACGCUUCUCUUCACUCCUGGAGGUAGAUGGUGCUGCAGUUCAACAUUUAGUGUGCUUUCUCUGUGGCUUCGUGUUGAAGAUAUUUUGCCUGCAACCACAAAUAUGUGGAAUUCAAUAAAUGACUAUUAAUGAAAA